AUGAUGAAGAGGAAAUCACACCCUGGUGCCUGGGGAGACAGGAGCGGGCCUUGUUGGCAUGGUUCCACUGAGAGCUGGAUUGAAAGAUGUCUCAAUGAAAGUGAAAACAAACGUUAUUCCAGCCACACAUCUCUGGGGAAUGUUUCUAAUGAUGAAAAUGAGGAAAAAGAAAACAAUAGAGCAUCCAAGCCCCACUCCACUCCUGCUACUCUGCAAUGGCUGGAGGAGAACUAUGAGAUCGCGGAGGGGGUCUGCAUCCCUCGCAGCGCCCUCUACAUGCAUUACCUGGACUUCUGCGAGAAGAAUGACACCCAGCCUGUCAACGCGGCCAGCUUUGGAAAGAUCAUAAGGCAGCAGUUUCCUCAGUUGACCACCAGAAGACUCGGGACCCGAGGACAGUCCAAGUACCAUUACUAUGGCAUCGCAGUGAAGGAAAGCUCCCAGUAUUAUGAUGUGAUGUAUUCCAAGAAAGGAGCCGCUUGGGUGAGCGAGACGGGCAAGAAAGAAGUGAGCAAACAGACGGUGGCAUAUUCACCCCGGUCCAAACUUGGAACGUUGCUGCCAGAGUUUCCAAAUGUCAAAGAUCUAAAUCUGCCAGCCAGUCUGCCUGAGGAGAAGGUUUCUACCUUUAUUAUGAUGUACAGAACGCACUGUCAGAGAAUACUGGACACUGUAAUAAGAGCCAACUUUGAUGAGGUUCAAAGUUUCCUCCUGCACUUUUGGCAAGGAAUGCCGCCCCACAUGCUUCCCGUGCUGGGCUCCUCCACAGUGGUGAACAUCGUCGGCGUGUGUGACUCCAUCCUCUACAAAGCUAUCUCGGGGGUGCUGAUGCCCACCGUGCUGCAGGCAUUACCUGACAGCUUAACUCAGGUGAUCCGAAAGUUUGCCAAGCAGCUGGAUGAGUGGCUAAAAGUGGCCCUCCAUGACCUUCCAGAAAAUUUGCGAAACAUUAAGUUUGAAUUGUCGAGAAGGUUUUCCCAAAUUCUGAGACGGCAGACAUCACUGAAUCAUCUCUGCCAGGCAUCUCGGACAGUAAUCCACAGUGCAGACAUCACAUUCCAAAUGCUGGAAGACUGGAGGAACGUGGAUCUCAACAGCAUCACCAAGCAAACCCUCUACACCAUGGAAGACUCCCGCGACGAGCACCGGAAACUCAUCAUCCAGUUGUACCAGGAGUUUGACCACCUCCUGGAGGAGCAGUCUCCCAUCGAGUCCUACAUCGAGUGGCUAGACACCAUGGUGGACCGUUGUGUUGUGAAGGUGGCUGCCAAGAGACAAGGGUCCCUGAAGAAAGUGGCCCAGCAGUUCCUCCUGAUGUGGUCCUGUUUCGGCACCAGGGUGAUCCGGGACAUGACCUUGCAUAGUGCCCCCAGCUUUGGGUCUUUUCACUUAAUUCACUUGAUGUUUGACGACUACGUGCUCUACCUAUUAGAAUCCCUGCACUGUCAGGAGCGGGCCAAUGAGCUCAUGCGAGCCAUGAAGGGAGAAGGAAGCACUGCAGAAGUCCGAGAAGAAAUUAUCUUGACAGAGGCUGCCCCGCCAACCCCUUCACCAGUGCCAUCGUUUUCGCCAGCCAAAUCCGCCACGUCCGUCGAAGUGCCACCUCCGUCCUCCCCCGUCAGCAAUCCAUCCCCUGAGUACACUGGCCUCAGCACUACAGGAGCAAUGCAGUCAUACACGUGGUCUCUGACCUAUACGGUGACAACGGCAGCAGGGUCCCCAGCUGAAAACUCCCAGCAGCUGCCCUGCAUGAGGAGUACUCAUGUGCCUUCUUCCUCCGUCACACACCGGAUACCAGUUUAUCCGCACAGAGAGGAGCACGGGUACACGGGGAGCUAUAACUAUGGGAGCUAUGGCAACCAGCAUCCUCCCCCAAUGCAGAGCCAGUACCCGGCCCUCCCCCACGACACAGCCAUCUCUGGACCGCUGCACUACUCCCCUUACCACAGGAGCUCUGCACAGUACCCUUUCAAUAGCCCCACUUCCCGGAUGGAACCCUGUUUGAUGAGCAGUACUCCCAGACUGCAUCCUACCCCAGUCACCCCCCGAUGGCCAGAGGUGCCCACAGCCAACACGUGCUACACAAGCCCGUCUGUGCAUUCCACAAGGUACGGAAACUCUAGUGACAUGUAUACACCCCUGACCACGCGCAGGAAUUCUGAGUACGAGCACAUGCAACACUUUCCUGGCUUUGCUUACAUCAACGGAGAGGCCUCCACAGGAUGGGCUAAAUGA